AUGACGGCCGCUGCAACUGCUGCCUCCGUGGCAGCGAUUUCGAGUCUUGCGGCAUAUAUCAAUGCAAAGUACCAUAUUGGACAGGACCUGCAGAUGUUGAAGUUCAAAAAAGGUGCUGAGAAGCAUUAUGCUGAGCUAGUACGGACAAAACGGCAAUGUCUCUGGUAUUCCUUUACUCCCCACGUCCCACAAUACGCAAACGAGCUAUGCAUUUGGUCCCGCGAAAAGACAUACACCUGGCAGGAAGUCCACGACAAAGCCGUACAAUGGGCACGUUUCUUCCUCGAGCAGGGUGUCAAGCCUGGCGACAUGGUCGGCACGUAUCUCACAAACUCAGCCGAUUUCGUCGUCAUCUGGCUGGGUCUGUGGUGUAUAGGAUGCGCACCAGCCAUGUUGAACUACAAUCUUAAGGGCGACGCAAUGAUUCAUUGCCUCAAGAUUGCAAAUGUCAAGGUAGUGCUGGUAGAUGCAGAUGCGGAGUGUGCAGAGCGCUUCGAGGUGGUUCGAGGAAAGAUUGAAGGCGAGCUAGGAGUCACACCAUUCACUGUUGAUAAUAAUCUGCUGCAAAGGAUCUACUCUGGCCGAACAGAUGUCCCUGGAGAUGAGUAUCGCAAGAAUGUAUCCGGCUUCGACCCAAGCUGUCUGCUAUACACGAGUGGCACAACUGGCCUGCCCAAAGCCGGUAAAUUCAUGAUUAAUCGCUACCACGAGCGCGGCAACCCGGACAAACUACCCUUCGACCAAACCGCCGGCCCCAACGGUGACCGCUGGUACUGCUGCAUGCCUCUCUUCCACGGCACGGGCGGACUGGCCACCAUGGCUGCACUCACAGGCGGUAUGAGCGUGGCGAUUGGGAAGAAGUUCAGCACGAGCGGCUUCUGGGACGACAUCCAUGACAGCAAUUCCUCCAUGUUCGUUUACGUCGGUGAAGCCGCUAGAUACCUUCUCAUGGCGCCUCCACACCCGCGCGAGCGCGAUCACAGACUGCGCGGCAUGUACGGGAACGGCAUGCGACCGGAUGUAUGGAUGCGAUUCAAGGAGCGGUUCAACGUACCUGAGGUCAUUGAGUUUUUCAACUCAACAGAGGGUGUGCUGGCUAUGGUUGUGCACUCUAAGGGCCCUUUUACAGACACGACAGUUGGUCACCAUGGCGCGAUUAUUAGGCAAGCGUUAAAGAAUGUGUACGUUCCGGUUUCGAUUGACGCUGAGACGGGAGAGUUGGUGCGCGAUCCGAAGACUGGGUUCGUGAAGCGAAAUUCGUACAAUGAGGGUGGAGAGAUCCUGGUCGGCGUCCCUGGUGAAGAGGCAUUUGCGGGGUACUACAACAACCCUUCUGCGACGAAGAAGAAGUUCGAAAGGGACGUAUUCAAGAAGGGGGACCUAUACUACAGAUCUGGAGAUGCGUUGAGGAGAGACGACGAUGGGAGAUGGUUUUUCCUUGACAGGUUGGGCGAUACGUAUCGUUGGAAAUCAGAGAACGUCUCAACCGCCGAGGUUGCUGAGACAAUUGGGAAAUACCCAGGCAUCGGUGAGGCAAUCGUAUACGGUACUUUGGUACCCAAGCACGACGGCCGCGCAGGCUGUGUCGCAUUACGUCUUGCAGAUGGCGUAGAUGCAAAGACCUUCGACUGGAAGGCUUUGCUCGAAUACAGUAGGAGUAAGCUGCCGCGAUACGCGGUGCCGGUGUUCCUGCGACUUAUCCUUGUUGGCUCCAAUACGGACAAUCAGAAGCAGAACAAAGGACCGCUAAGGUUGGAGGGCAUCGAUAUCGACAAGUACGGCGAAAAGGUGACGAACGGCCAGGAGGAUGUGGUACUGUGGGCCAAGCCGGGUGCGAACUCGUACGUGCGGUUUACACUGGAGGACCUCCAGGCCCUGAGAGAUGGAAAGAUCACUAUCUAG